UACGCCCAAGGCCUUCAGGUAGAAAGUGACAGAACUUCUGGCUCUCGAUUCAGUGCGUAUCCCUCCCGCCAUUUCACAGCUUGCCUAAGACGAGACAAAUCACCGGGUCCCCCAGCCGGCCCGGUGAAGCGCCCUGCACCUCGUCUGCCAGGGGCUGAGCCGCCGGGAACAUCCCCGCGUCUCCAUGGCGAAGCGUCGCAAAGCAGCCACGCAGCACCCAGCCCGGCUAGUGCGAGAGGCCCAGCGACGGCCUCUUCUAGCAAGAAUGGCAGAGCCUGGGCCCGAGGCUCCGUGUCCUUCUCAAUGCGGCCACAAGAUCCUGCCAACAGGUGAUACCGAUCGGGAUUCCUACGCCACCACGACGAAGACUGCGUUCACACCUAAGACAGGAGCGGUGCCUGCUUUAAUUCGUCAGAAAAGUACCAGAAGAUUAGGAUAUACAUAUUCACUUAGUUAUCCUGUUCCCAACCAGACACAGUGCAAUGAUGAGUAUGUUUGGAGAUCAUAUUCUAAAGAAGAUUUGAUCAACAUUGGAACUUCAAGAGGAAUCAAGAACCACAAAUCUUAUUACCCCAGUCAAUUGCCUUUCAUUUGUACCCCAGCUCAAAAGAUUAAGCAACAUUCUCAGAUGUUUCUGGAAUGGAAAAACUUAGUUCCCCGACCAGCAGACACUGAAUCUCGAUGGAAUUACCAAAUUCCAGCGCUUCAGGAUUUUAGUUUCAAAUAUGGAUGUUACUCAAGCCUACCCAUUGCUUCUCAGGGUCUAGGUAAGUACACCUGUACUGGCGUUUGUAACACUGAGCAAGACAACAUGGACAUUGAAUAG